AUGAGUUUAGAAUCGAUUCCAAAGGACCUAAGAGGCCUAAGGGCUUGUCUAGUUUGCUCCAUAAUAAAGAGUUUUGAUCAAUUUGAAUACGAAGGAUGCGACAAUUGUGACGGAUUUUUGCGCAUGAAGAACAACAGGGAUAAUGUUUAUGAUUGUACGAGCUCAAAUUUUGAUGGAAUGAUUUCUCUGACCAGUCCUGAGGAAAGUUGGGUGGCAAAAUGGCAAAGAAUAAAUCGUUUCUGUAAAGGUGUUUAUGCUAUAUCUGUAUCAGGAAGGCUUCCCAAUGGGAUAAUUAGGGAAAUGAAAAGCCGAGGGAUUGUAUACAGACCACGUGACACCAGCCAAAGAUAA